AUGUAAUAAAAAGCAAAAUAAUUCUUUGCUACUUAUGGCAAAUUAGGAAUAAGUGUUUAUUUAUCAGUCUCAAUAGUCAAUUAUGGCAUUGUUUUCUUUGCAUUAAAAUAAGGAGUAGAUGUAAAAUAAGUUGGAUCAAAGUAUUACCCAUACAAUUUACAUUAGACUUGGAUUUGAUACAACUUAAGGCAAGUGGGAAUAGAUUGAAACAUAUGGUACACCUACAGCAGCUUAUAUUAUUUAUAAACUUAUGGCUCCAAUCAAAUGGCCUAUUGUUAUAGGAACUACAGCUUGGAUAUGCAAAAAAGGAAGAAAAUGA